GUUUGACGCUGCCUGUGCUUCAUCUCAAGUUCUCUUGUUGCUCUAGGUUCCUUCGUUUCAGUUUUGAACUUCGCGGUUUUUUUUAUUCGUUCACUUCGUCAUUCGUUUUUAAAGUCGUUCUUUUUUUUGUAUUCGCCCAGGAUGAAGCUGCUUGCAGGUCUCGCUUUCGCCUCUCUGGCUGCUGCCGUCCCCGUGUUCCAGCGGCAGCCCUUGUACCAGCGGGCGCCCACCGGAUUGGGCGUCGAGCUUCAGAUGGAGGGAAACUCCAAGGUCAAGGCCAUCAUCACCAACAACGGGAAGAACAACCUCAAGGUCCUCAAGUCUGGUACUUUCCUUGAUACGUCGGCGGUCGAGAAGGCCCAGGUGUUCUCCGCCACCUCCAACGGUACCGUUCCCGUCCCCUUCGACGGCGUCCGUGUCAACCUGCACAUGGCGUCCCUCACCGACGCAGCAUUUCAACGCAUUCCCUCUGGCCAGUCCAUCGAGGUCGAGUUCGAUGUUGCCGAGCUUCACGACCUUUCCUCCGGCGGCACGUACGGGAUCUUGUCGUCCGGCGCCCUCUCCUUCGCCGAGGAGAACUCGACGACUCUUAUUGGCUCCGUUCCUUUCCACUCCAACACAAUCGAGACCGUAGUCGAUGGCAUCCAGGCCUACAAGGUCAAAACCGCCUUUGCCAAGAAGCGAAGCGUGGUGCAGAGCGACUGCACUGGCGACAAAUUGACGGCGACAUACUCCGCGCUCGGCCGCUGCGCGGGACUUGCCCAGGCGGCUCAGCUGGCUGCCCAGUCUGGCUCGGACGCGAAGAUGAUUGAGUACUUCAAGUCGGCCUCCGCCGAGACUCGCAGCACCGUCGCGGGUGUCUAUUCCCGCAUCGCCCAGGAGUGCAGCUCGACCACCGGCGGAAACGCCAAGUUCUACUGCACCGACGUGUACGGUGCUUGCAGCGACGGUGUCUUGGCUUAUACGGUUCCCGGCCUCAACUACAUGGCGUACUGCGACCUGUUCUUCACCGCGCUUCAGAUCGAGACGACGACUUGCCACGGCCAGGAACAGGGCACCACGGUGGUUCACGAGGCUACUCAUCUCAGCCAGGUCAAGGGUACCUCGGACUACGGCGGCUACGGCUACGACUUCCUGAAAAGCUUGACCGCUGCGGAGGAUCUCAACCACGCCGACACGUACGCAUUGUUCGCCAACGCUAUCAACCUUGGAUGCUAAGAAAGGAUCGUCAAACAUGUGUAUGGCAGGGUACGGGAAUAGAAUGGGAGGGCAUUAUUGUAGGCGUUAAUCAUGAGGGUAACACCAUGAGUCCGGUCUUGGUUGCAUGAGACCGAGUUCGGCAGCCAAUUUAUAUAAGAAACGAAAUAAAAAUUAUAAGCCUUCCC